CCGAGUGAGCCUGAGCCAGCACUCUUUUCUGUCCAAUCUGGGUGUGUGAUGAUGGGCUUGAGAGGCUCCCUGCCACCCGUGGGGCAGUGAAAACCACUUCUCCUUUGUGGCCUAACUGGGGGCAUGAUUGACGGUUUUGGAGGUGGGGGUUGGGCUGGCUAUGAGCAACUGGGAUCCAGGAAGCCCUCGCCUGCGCCGAACCCAUGGAGGUGUGGUUGGCUGCUGGGAAGUAGAAUCCUGUGCCUGCCUCUUGGAGAAGAAGUGGGGUUGUGGAUGGAAGGAAAAGAAGCAAUGAGGCAACACUUGCAGAGGAUGGUAUGUGGGGUCAUGAGCCCCACCUGGAUUAGCCCUCCCUGCUACAUCAUGUGGUGCCACCAGGCUCUCUCCCUGCACAGCAGCUGCCGGAGGGAGAGACAGGCAGCUGCUGUGAGGACACGUGAGCGAGGCUCUCAGGAUAUUGGUCAGUUAGGUCUGGCUGGCAGGGGAAAGAACAAAGCCUUCCAUCUCAGCCUGGCAUUGGCCACAUUGCUCUGCCCUCAGCCAGCCAUGGGAGGAGGGACUGUGGCUGUAGCUGAGGAUUGGGCCACAUGGCCAUGCUUCCUUGGCAGGGUAUGCCACAGGCAAAGAGCUGGGCACAGUCUACAUAGUAUCAGGUGGAAGGAAGAUGGAGCUUGUGCAUCUCAUGCGUUUCUCCCUCGCUACUCCGGCAGAGUCAGGAGGGGAACGACAAGGGCCCAGCUGAAGAUUUUGGCCUUGGACUGGAGGAUUAAGCCUGUGGCCUUGGCACUGCUGCUCGGACAUGGGGUUUUGUGGCGCUGCCCCCAUGGUCGCCUGUCCACUAGGUCAACACUUUGAAGCUAAGGGGACCAGCUUGGAGGCAGCAGAAGGGGACAUUUGCGGUAGCCAGCAGUUCUCAAGGAGCAUCCGACAUCUAUGCCUUGAGUGCCGUUCCCCCUCUGGGCAUGUCCCAACUUUGUUUCGGUUUGUUAGCAUGAAAAGGGGUUUGUUUAUGAAUCUGACAGUUUUCAAAAUCUAACCUUCACUGAUACAGGGUGGAUAAGCCUGAUUUAUCCGCACUGAAAUUAUUGCAGUCUGAGGCCUCUCCAUCCUUUUUGUUUGCACAGACCAGUUCGUACCCUGAGUUAGGUAUGGAUCAGCAUGCCCACCAUUGAUCAGCCCAUUUCUCAGGUGCAGCCAUGGGCUCCAACAAGUGUGCCCAAUAUGCAGAAGUUUGGGGGUCUCCAAUUUCUGACCAGGAUAGAAAGCCCUCUCCCCCACCAAUGAUUCCCAUCACAGUGCUAGUCCACAGACCCACUCCUCUCGGCUCCAGUUUUUAAGAGUGAGGACUUGAGAUAGGUUUCUCUUCCAGAAAUGCUUUCUCUGCCUCAAGACAUAAUGCAAUUGCAAACAAAAAGGAUUCUCUUUUCUUAAUCACAGGGGGUUUUUAUUCAAAGAAAAUCUCCAGAGAGAAUCCUCAACAUUAAUGAAAAGUUGACAUUAAGAAACCAUGAGUUUCUUUUUUGGGGGGAUAAUAAACUUGUUUGUACCUUUAUUAAAUAUUAAAAUAUAGUUAUAAGCAUGUUGUAGCCAAAGUGUCCAAAAUAUUACAAUAUAUAAUAUAUCUGGUUUUGCUGCAAAAUGUUAAAACUAACCAAUUUCAACAGGUUUCUAUUGUUGUCGCCCAAGCACAAUCAAAUAUAAAAACUUAAUAUGCUCAGUGUGUGUGCAUAGACCUGUAUUUCAACUUCAUUUGGCUUUCAUUUUAUACUAUUUUUGUGUGUUAUGUUACAUUAAAAAGACAUGGUGGUUGUUAAAGCUUGUGCUUUCAAACAGUUAACAAAAGUUGAAUUGCUAUCACAGGGAAAUUAAGAAACUUGUGUAAAUAUCCUGUUAUGAACUCAUUUGCUAAAACAGAGAACUCAGCAGGGAAGAGAAAAUUCCCCUUCUGACAGAAGAUUGUUGUGAGUACCUAUUUUAGCAGUUAAGCCCUAUAUUUAGUAUAAAUAGUUAGUAACAUUUAACCAAUGUGCCUAAUAGGCAGAGAUCUCUUUAAGAGACCCAUUGGUGGGAGGUAGCAGUGAGCUGUGUUAUUGUUAAGCAGUGACCCAGUGAGCUGGGUCAUUGUUAAUCAUAAGAAUGGCCAUACCGGGUCAGACCAAAGGUCCAUCCAGCCCAGUAUCCUGUCUGCCACCAGUGGCCAAUGCCAGGUGCCCCAGAGGGAGUGAACCUAACAGGUAAUGAUCAAAUG